CCCUUAUGCAAUAAACGUCUACAUCACCUUCACGGAUCACCUUCACGAAAGUGAAAUCAAGAAAUCUUGAAAUUAUCCAAGUCAAGAUAAGGUGAAAGCGAGGGAGUCAAAAUUUGGCGGUACAUCUAGACUUCAAGCAAAAUGAUUUGAAUUGGUGCUGAGCUGAUAAAGCAGAGAAGACAAGCUGUAUGCGGUUACGAUAUCAGCACCUUUGCAGUUUCAAAGGAAGUCAUGGUUCUCAUCUCAAGAAGACUGUAACUGCAUUAUUAUUAUUAGCAACUCUAUCUACGUAUUUCCUGCUCAGUGAGAAGACACAGACGGUGCGAAAUGCACCUCAGUGGGAACACGCUCCAUUCUAUGCUAAUGUUUCUUCACGGGUCGGAGUGGCAAGUAACAGCGUGACGUGAUGGCUUCACACGGUGAAAUAACUCAAAGGCGUGACGGUGCAAUAUGUGGCGCCGACGGCUUUCAGUACAUGGGUGCGCGGAGUCUGACAGGACAUGGGUGGGGCCUGAUAGCACUUUGGCUGCUCCAAGCCCCUUAUCUCCAUUCGAAGACAACAUUAGAGGACCGGACCAAUGCAGAUGCCCCUCUAGAUGCCCCUGUUAUUGUUGUUUGGACAAAUUUCUUCAAAGAGUCAUUGAAGAAAAUGUUGCUGCCAACAUUACAAAACUGUGAAUAUCAAUGCGAACUCAUGGACAGAUUCGAACAAGAAAUUUCCAACAAAAGCGCAGCCGCUUUCAUCUUGCAUGGACGCAAUAUGAACCACAAUGACCUUCCAAAGCAGAGUUCAGAGCAUCUAAACGUCCUUUUUCUAUUGGAGUCGCCUUUUCACACUGGACCUGAAAUGUAUCGAGUACCUGGUGAUUACUUCAAUGCUACCAUGACGUACAGAUUAGAUUCCCGCUACUUCUAUCCUUAUGGCCACUUUCAACCACGGUCUCCAAGUGAUACAGUCGGCAUAAUCACAUAUGAUCAGCUCGUCACUGCGGUCAAACGCAAGAAAAAAGGAUCACUGAUUUUUAUUUCAAAUUGUCGAACACCUUCGAAACGCGAAGAAACAAUCAGAAAACUAGGAAACUUUACUGAGAUUACUGUUAGAGGAAAGUGCAGAAAGGCGUUGUCAGUUAACAAAAAUGCCAUUUCUUGUAAAACAGAUUGCAGUGACAGCGCCUUAAUAGGCACGCAUCGAUUCUAUAUUGCAUUCGAGAAUAGCAACUGCUUAGAUUAUGUCACGGAAAAAUAUUUUGAUCGCAUCUCCCAACUACUUGUGCCUGUUGUAACGAAAAGGCGGAUUUACGUAGAUGCUGGUCUUCCGAAAGAUUCCUUUAUAGCGCUGGAUGACUUCGAUUCGGUGAAGGACUUAGGAAACUACUUGAACAUUUUACGCAAAAACGACACUGAGUAUCUUAGGUAUUUCGAAUGGACAAAGCAUUUCCGGAAGCCGAACGCUUAUGUGGGCAACGCACUCUGUAGGCUUUGCGAAGAUAUUCACAAAGGAAAAACAUUGAAAGUAAACAAUAUUAAAGAGUACUAUGG